AUGUCUCCAGGUCCCGUCGUCGACGCUUCCCCUGAGGUUGAGGCGGAGCAACAGGUUCCCCCAGUUGAUGACGCAACUCAGAAGAAGCAACCCCAACCGCAGGAUGACGAUGCUCCCGUUGUAGAGGACGUGAAGGAUGAUGACAAGGACGAAGGUGACGACGAUGAAGAUGACGAUGACGACGAUGACGACGACAAGGAAGACGGAACUCAAGGUGGUGCUGAGGGUUCAAAGCAGAGCAGAAGUGAGAAGAAAAGCCGAAAAGCAAUGUUGAAGCUGGGAUUAAAACCUGUUACUGGCGUUAGUAGGGUCACAAUCAAGAGAACAAAAAAUAUUCUUUUCUUCAUCUCAAAACCCGAUGUGUUCAAGAGUCCAAAUUCUGAGACCUACGUCAUAUUUGGGGAAGCAAAAAUAGAGGACUUGAGUUCUCAGUUGCAGACACAGGCUGCCCAACAGUUCAGGAUGCCAGACAUGGGAUCUGUUACAGCAAAACAAGAUCAAGAUGCCGCAGCUGCAGCAGCACAGCCUGAAGAAGAGGAGGAGGUUGAUGAAACUGGCCUUGUGCCCCACGAUAUUGAUUUGGUGAUGACACAGGCAGGAGUGUCAAGAAGCAAAGCCGUCAAGGCACUAAAGACUCACGACGGGGACAUUGUUGGAGCCAUCAUGGAACUCACUACUUAA